UAAUAUUGAGGAAAAUACUAUCAGCCCUUUGUAGAUGAGUUGGAAUAUUAUGGAAAAAUAUUUCACAUUUAAACAUAUUUUAUAUAUGACUUAGAAAAAUAAUUUGAUUAGAAAAACUAUUAAUUCCAUUCUUGCUGUUCAAAUGAUUAAUUUAUAAAUCUUUAUUACACAGAAUAUGCAGGAUAAUUAGGACUCAUUAAUUCAAGUUAACAUUUUUAGUUUUGUACAGUAAAACUUUGAGAGUCCAAGAAUGUUUAUUAUUUUUUUUUAAUCUUCUCAUUUUUUUGUUCUUGUCUUUUUUAAAUCUUUGCUUCUUGUAACUGUUUGACCUGGCUUGAUGUUAGUUGGUCAUAGAUUUUGAGCAUAUUCCUUUGGAGAGAAUGGUGGAACUUAAUGGAAUGGAAUGAAUGGUUUCUGGAACGCUCAAUUCUUAAUUUGUUAUUAAUAUAUUUCUUAAUUUCUUUAACAUUUAUGACCAGCAAUGUAUGACAUUUUAUUUCCUUUGCUUACCUGUAAGUAACUUGAAACUAGUAUUAUUUUGUGGCUUAUUUUAUAUUUCUCACAAUACCUUCAGUGCCUAAAUUUUAUUUGGCUAUUAAAAGCACAUUACAUGAAAGAAAUAAUUUUAAUCCUUAAUUUUAGUGGCUGUGUUGUUUUUGUUUUUGUUUUUUUUGCGGUACACGGGCCUCUCACUGUUGUGGCCUCUCCCGUUGCGGAGCACAGGCUCCGCACGCGCAGGCUCAGAGGCCAUGGCUCACCGGCCCAGCCGCUCCUCGGCAUGUGGGAUAUUCCCGGACUGGGGCACGAACCCCUGUCCCCUCCAUCCCCCUGCAUCCCCCUGCAUCCCCCUGCGUUGGCAGGCGGACUCUCAACCACUGCGCCACCAGGGCAGCCCCAAUGGCUGUAUAUUUUAAAAAUAUGUUUAUCUUUACUGUACUGUUUGAAUCAAAUGUGGAGUUUCUCCCUUGUGAAAGUGAUGGUACACUUAGAUUUUCUAUUCUGUCUAUGCCUACCUGAUUCUUGGAUAUAACUUUAAUUACUCAAUUCUCCUAAAUGUUUAAUUGGUUUUUAAAAAUUCCUUAAUUAGAAAUAAGACACUUAAAAAUAAAAGAAACAAGACACUUUCCAUCACCUACCAUUUAUUUGACACCUCUCAUCAUUUCGAUAAUUUUAGUUCUGGGUUCCUACAACUCUCUAAUUGAUAUUCAAAUUUCAUUUUAGGGGUGUGCUUAUCACAAAGAUGGAGUCAAAAUCUAAUCUGUAUUUUAACACUUUGCACUCUUCUAUGUUAAUGGUUUUAUUUGUUUAUUUUUAACUUUUUAUUUUAUAUGGGUGUAUAUAUUGAUUAACAAUUUUGUAUUAGUUUCAGGUGAAUGGUAAUGAUUUUAGCUAUUAAAUAUUUCCUAAAUUGAAAGGUACCAGAGCUCAGUUAUUAAAUACUGUGGAUUCUGGAGCUUCCUGGAUUAAAACUCCACCUCUUCCAGUUUUUGUUCAUAUAGCCUUUGAUAAAGCAUUUGUUAUUUCAAUUCCUUGGUUUCACAUUCUACGCAUGAUGAAUAUAAAUUCUAUUGCAUAGAAUUUUUGUAUAGAAUUUUUGUAUCAAGUAAGUUAAUAUUUAUAAAGUUGCUUAUAAAAUGUCUGUCAAAUACUAUGCAUAACAAAAUUUAGUUAUUAUUCAAAAGAGUUCAAGGAGUUAAUAACUGGAAAAAGAAAAACUAAAAUGUUAGAAAGUCAUUAUGGCCUUCUAUAUUACUCUUAUUUUAUGUAAAAGUUAUCUUUUGUGAAGUUAUUUUCAGAUUAACCUACAAUGUGUCAAUAUUUUGAAUUCUUUGUGAUAGAAUUAAAAAACUCAUCUAAAAGUCAGUUUCACCAGUUUUGGGAAGUCCAAUUACCAUUGUGGAUGUGGAAAACCUGUUGGAAUCUAGAAAUUUAUUUAGAUAAAGUCUCCUCAAGGAAAGUUUAGACUAUCUUGUGUUGACAGUGAUGUCUUUUUUCAUACUUAUAAGUUGCUUCAGAUCAUUUAGAGGUCUGAGUAGGUGUUUGAAAUCUUUGUUCUUUUCCAUUAAUGGUGUUUUCCCUUCCUCAAAAAUAAGUACACAGUAUGUUUUGAUGACGAUUUAAAAGUUAGUAGUAGUUACUGCCUGUUAACCAUGGAAGUAGACCAUUUAUAUAGAAAGUGUUAUAGAAUAACUUUUAAAAUAUAGUCAUCAGUCUUCAUUAAUCAUUAGUAGGACCCUUAGGGGAUUCCAAGACCAUGUUAGCAUGCCAGGGACCACUGAAUUAUCAAAACCCAGCCUCUGACAUCAAAACGUUUGAGAUAAAAUAAAUAUAUGGGUCAUACAAUGAAAGACAAGAUAUUAUAACAGGCCCAAAAGCAAAGCUGGGGUUGAAAGAAAAUCACUCCCUAUUUGUCUUUCUGAAGGAACACUUGAAGAGGCACGGUGUUUUCAAUGGUUUUUAAAAGGGUAAGUUACCCUGAGAGAAUAUUGAGAAUAAUGAAUAAUUCUGUGAAGGAGAAAAUUAAGCAAACUUGAAGACACACAAAAGCCUCUAUAUGACUGGAAACACGGAAUAGUCCACUGUGGUUAAAACAUAUGGUUCACAUAGAAUAAAGUCAGAAAAAGUAAUAUGAAAAUAUCUCUUGAUUCUGAGUACUAGACUAAGUAACUUUGAGUAGUAGAGUAAAGAAUUUGGAUUCUUCAGAAGUAAAUUGGGAACUAUCAAAAGAUCUUGAGCAAAAAAAUUCAACACCGUGUUUCAGAAGAUUGGAUGGAAAGACAAUCUAGGAAGCUACUGCAAUAAUGAAGGAUAGCAGCAAUUAGUUAAAAACGUUUCUUAGGCAGGUAGCUGUAAGAAUAUGAAAGAAAAGAUAGAUAUACAGGAGCAUUAAUGGUACGAUAAACUGAUAAUUUUGCCUUUACUCUUGAAAAGCACUAAAAUCUAGAUGUAAUUAAUCUACUUGCAGUUUAGAAUGAGAGUAGUUCACAAAUGAGCUUUCCUUGUUAAAUAGAUACUAAGAAGGAAAAAUCCCAAGCAUAACUUUAAAAACAGAAAUUGUCCUAAGUACUAAGGAUGAACAAUAAUGAAAUUAAAAUGUAUGUAUUAUGAAAAGACAUACUGUAAACUAUAUUGGGGAUUGUAAAAAGAUAUUCAUAAGUAUUAAGGCUUGGAAAAAUGCAACUAUAUAGAUAUAGGAAUGCAACACAUUUCUGAAAAGAAAUCACAUUAAUUCUAAUAAAAAGAAAAAUAUAGACUAGUUUCUCCCUACAAAAUAUAUUAAAGUGAAUUCUUACUUAUAUUAAAAUAUUUUACAUAUAUUCAAUUCAUAAAAUUACUUAAGAAAAUACUUCAAUUUGUUGCUCAGUUUUCUAGAUUUUUUUUUUUUCAGACAUGAGCAAGUUUCUUUUUCAUCAGUAGAUUUCUGGUCUCCUAGAGACCCUAGGAACAGUGAGUCAUCGAAUUCUUCUAGGCAGAAUCCUAAGUCUACGUAUGUGGGAGAUCCUGAAUUACAGAACAAAAGAAUUUUCCAGUUUAAAAUCCCUGGUUGUUUAACUAAUCAUUUUAAUUCUCACUUCAUUUCUGUGAUUAUUUUUAAAUUGUGUGGAGAGUUUAGUUUCCUCAGGUAACAGAAAGCCACAGUUUUGGUUUAUACUAAACAUUUAGCUGCACUUAUUUCACAUGAAUGCUUCCAACAAGAGAAAUGUCCUUCUCUAUUUCAUCAACGAUUAAGAAAAAAUUCAGAGAAUGAAACAAAACUUUGCAGGAUAAUGGCGAAAUGUUUAUUCAUAGAAUAUGUACUUACUUUUGGGGCCACGUGAUGUCACUCUCGGCUGAGAAAUUCUCUGAUUCAAAGCCAUCUUUUAGGCUUUGGAAAGACAGUCCGGUCUUUUAUAGUCUCCUAGGGCAGAACAGUGACGAACACAGCAGGAUGGGACUGAAGGUAUCAGAAGAUUUCCCCUAGUUUUGAAAAAUUUUUCGCUAACUAUAAAAAAGAUCAAGUAUUUGAAAUGUUGUACUCAAGUCGAGGCGACCAAGGAGACCGGGAUCUACUGCUACUGUUUAUCAUUCUCACAGCCUGGGAGACCGGGAGCAGCCAGGUCCACUACUCAGUCCUGGAGGAGGCCAAACACGGCACCUUCGUGGGCCACAUCGCCCAGGACCUAAGGCUUGAGCUGGCGGAGCUUGUGCCCCGCUUGUUCCAGUUGGAUUCCAAAGGCCGCGGGGACCUUCUGGAGGUAAAUCUGCAGAAUGGCGUUUUGUUUGUGAAUUCUCGGAUCGACCGGGAGGAGCUGUGCGGGCGGAGCGCGGAGUGCAGCAUCCACCUGGAGGUGAUCGUGGACCGGCCGCUGCAGGUGUUCCAUGUGGAGGUGGAGGUGAAGGAUAUUAACGACAAUCCUCCUGUGUUCCCCGGAACACAAAGGAAUCUGUUUAUCGCGGAAUCCAGGCCGCUUGACUCUCGGUUUCCACUAGAGGGCGCCUCCGAUGCAGAUAUCGGGGAGAACGCUCUGUUGACUUACAGGCUGAGCUCCAAUGAGUAUUUCUCUCUGGACGUACCAACCACCGACCAACAGGUAAAGCCUCUGGGACUUGUAUUACGAAAACCUUUAGACAGGGAAGAAUCUCCGGAACUUCAUUUAGUGCUCACGGCCACUGACAGAGGCAAACCUGAGCUGACUGGCACAGUUCAGUUACUCGUCAAAGUGCUGGACGCCAAUGACAACGCCCCAGCUUUCGACAGAACACUCUAUGCAGUGAAAUUACCAGAAAACGUUCCCAAUGCAACGUUCGUAAUUAAACUUAACGCCUCAGAUUUAGACGAAGGCUUGAAUGGGGAUAUUAUUUACUCAUUCUCUAGUGACGUUUCUCCAGAUAUAAAAUUUAAGUUCUACAUAGACCCCCUAAGUGGGAAGAUUAUAGUAACAGGACAUAUAGAUUUUGAAGAAAGUAAAGCCUACAAAAUUCCAGUAGAGGCGAUCGAUAAAGGCCUCCCACCCCUGGCUGGUCACUGUACAGUUCUUGUGGAAGUUGUGGACACUAACGACUUUGCUCCAGAGUUGCUUAUCAAAACGCUCUGGCUCCCUGUCAAAGAGGACGCACAGCUGGGGACAAUCAUUGCCCUGAUCAGCGUUAUUGACCGAGACGAAGGUGCAAAUGGACAGGUGACCUGUUCUGUGAUGCCUCAUGUCCCCUUCAAACUGGUGUCCACCUUCAAGAAUUACUACUCGCUGGUGCUGGACAGCGCCCUGGACCGCGAGAGGGUGGCAAACUAUGAAGUGGUGGUGACCGCGAGGGACGGGGGCUCGCCUUCGCUGUCGGCCACAGCCAGCGUGUCCGUGGAGGUGGCCGACGUGAACGACAACGCGCCCGCGUUCGCGCAGCCCGAGUACACGGUGCUGGUGAAGGAGAACAACCCGCCCGGCUGCCACAUCUUCACGGUGUCCGCUCGGGACGCGGACGCACAGGAGAACGCGCUGGUGUCCUACUCGCUGGUGGAGCGGCGGGUGGGCGAGCGAGCGCUGUCGAGCUACGUGUCGGUGCACGCGGAGAGCGGCAAGGUGUACGCGCUGCAGCCGCUGGACCACGAGGAGCUGGAGCUGCUGCAGUUCCAGGUGAGCGCGCGCGACGCGGGCGUGCCGCCUCUGGGCAGCAACGUGACGCUGCAGGUGUUCGUGCUGGACGAGAACGACAACGCGCCCGCGCUGCUGCUGCCCAGGCCGGGCGGCGGGGCGGGAGCGCUGAGCCAGCUGGUGGCUCGGUCGGUGGGCGCGGGCCACGUGGUGGCGAAGGUGCGCGCGGUGGACGCGGACUCGGGCUACAACGCGUGGCUGUCGUACGAGCUGCAGCCGGCGGCGGGUGGCGCGCGCAGCCCGUUCCGCGUGGGGCUGUACACGGGCGAGAUCAGCACGUCGCGCGCCCUGGACGAGGCGGACGCGCCACGCCAUCGCCUGCUGGUGCUGGUGAAGGACCACGGCGAGCCGGCGCUGACGGCCACGGCCACCGUGCUGCUGUCGCUGGAGGACAGCGCCCAGGCGCCCAAGGCCUCUUCGCGGGCGUCGACGGGCGCCGCUGGCGCGGAGGCCGCUCUGGUGGAUGUGAACGUGUACCUGAUCAUCGCCAUCUGCGCGGUGUCCAGCCUGUUGGUGCUCACGCUGCUGUUGUACACGGCGCUGCGGUGCUCGGCGCCGCCCAGCGAGGGCGCGUGCGGGCCCGGGAAGCCCACGCUGGUGUGCUCCAGCGCGGUGGGGAGCUGGUCUUACUCGCAGCAGAGGCGGCAGCGGGUGUGCUCUGGGGAGGGGCCGCCCAAGACCGACCUCAUGGCCUUCAGCCCCAGCCUACCUCCGUGUCCUGGAUCUGUAGAUGGAAGUGGAGACCCACAAGCUUCUUUGGACUCCUCUGGGAAGCCCCGACAACCCAAUCCUGACUGGCGUUACUCUGCCUCCCUGAGAGCAGGAAUGCACAGUUCUGUGCACCUGGAAGAGGCUGGCAUUCUACGAGCUGGUCCAGGAGGGCCUGAUCAGCAGUGGCCAACAGUAUCCAGUGCGACACCAGAACCAGAGGCAGGAGAGGUGUCCCCUCCAGUCGGUGCUGGUGUCAACAGCAACAGCUGGACCUUUAAAUACGGACCAGGCAACCCCAAACAAUCUGGUCCCGGUGAGUUGCCAGACAAAUUCAUUAUCCCAGGAUCUCCUGCAAUCAUCUCCAUCCGGCAGGAGCCUACUAACAGCCAAAUUGACAAAAGUGACUUCAUAACCUUCGGCAAAAAGGAGGAGACCAAGAAAAAGAAGAAAAAGAAGAAGGGUAACAAGACCCAGGAGAAAAAAGAGAAAGGGAACAGCACGACUGACAACAGUGACCAGUGAGGUCAUCUAAUGGAAACAAGCCACUUAGCCAGUUUUUGUAAUAAUGGCAAAUCUCUCCCAUGUAGCAACUCCCUACUCCUUUUUCCUAUCCACAUGAGCCCUUUCUUAUAGACCUCAGAAAUCUGCAGAAAGUUCCCUAUGUCUGUCUAGAUCACAUUUAACAAGUUUUGUCUUAAAAGCUUUACUAAGUCUGGUGUUAACUCUCUCUCUCCACUCUGGCUUGUUUUCAGAACCUAAAAAGCAGACCCAAGUCUCCUUUCUCCUCCGCCACAAAGGAGAGGCUUCCCAGCCCCGCCAGUGAGAGGUUGGACUCUCUGCCCUGUGCUCCGGGGAUCCUGUCUUGAUGACACUUUCAGGGCAGGCUGAAAGGUUUUGAGAUUGAGCAGCUUGAGUGUCUGUGGCCACUGGGUAUGUGUGGCCACCGGGGAAUAUGUUGGCUGGGAUGGGCCAGAUUAGACUAGGAGGGCUGGGAAACAAAGGCAAAUCAACAGUGGGAAAUGUGAAACGAAAAGGUACCAGACUUUCUAAAUCUUACAACUGAAGAGGCAGUGGCCACCCUCUAGCAGACAAAACUCCCCCCAUUGACAAGGCUUUAGGAAUCCCUAAGUCUCUUGGCUGUGGUGUCAUUAUACCUAAAACCUGCAUUUUACCUACAAGCCAAUAGUUCAGUGUUUAACAGGGGGCCAACCAGGGCAACAGAAGCAGAUCUGAUGUGUUUCCUGCAUAUGUCCUUGUGCUCACUUUAUUAAAAAUUCUUUUGCACACAAUGUUAUGAAAAGGUCAGAUUCUUUUCCGACAACACAUAUGCAAAAGCAAAAGAAAACCCCAGCACCUCACUUUAUGCUGUUUGUUGAUAGAUUUAUUUAAAAAAGAGAAAAUCUAUAACUAUAAAUCUUUAAAGAGAAAUAUGAUGAAUUCAAUUCCCCUAAACUAUCCUCGAAAGAGAAUUCAGCCUACAGCCAUUUAAAUGAUCAUUGCUGCUACAGAAGUGCUUUAAGAGAAUUGCCUGAAACAUCUGUAUUAUACUGGCCACCUGCCAAUCACAGCUUUACUCUUUCAGGUCACUCUGGGGCUGCCUCUUGCAUGUAUUAAUUACUAAAUAAAAGGAUCUUUCGCUCUCUUGUUUUCUAAGAAACAAUUAUGUGCACUUUGAAUACACAACCUUCUCUAACCAACUGUAUCAAGACCCAGAAAUUGAAGAAAAAUGUUGUUUUCUCAUACAUACAGUGAGCAGACUUUCCAAUCCUCUAAUUCUGUGAUUUGUCUUGGUGUGAUCGCCAACACCUUCUCUUUGGUUUAGUUUUCCUUUUCUAUAACACUCUGAAUUGCUAAUCUUGCUAACACCUAUGAUGUUACCUGAGCUCAAUCUCCCAUAUGUAUGCUGUAUGCUAUUAUAAGACUCCUGAUAUAUAUUUACUCUGUGCUUGUGUAUGUGAAUGUUACUGCAACUAUUACCUAGAGUGAACUUUAAGCUUUAUUGUUGAAUGUAAUUCCAUUAUAUUUCCUUUUGUACACCUGUGAAAAAGUGCAGUAGAGUUUUUUUAACCAUUGUUAAUCAACUUUUAUGUAUGAAAGACACAGUAAAAUUUCUUUCUUAAAUCAA